UAUUGAUCAAUCCACCAUUUUCCAACACACAGCGGCGGCAGUGCUAACACAGCUCCGGCAACGCGAGAGAAGAGAAGAGAGCCACCCCUCUACCUGGAGAGGAAGCCAGGGACCGGGGGCAGUCAUGGCAGCGAACAUGUACCGGGUUGGAGAUUAUGUUUAUUUUGAGAACUCAUCCAGUAACCCACUGCUGAUCAGGAGGAUAGAGGAGUUGAACAAGACAGCCAAUGGGAACGUGGAGGCCAAAGUGGUGUGUUUUUACCGGCGCAGGGACAUCUCCAGCACACUCAUCGCCCUGGCAGACAAACAUGCAAGGGAGCUGGAGGAGGAGAUGGAGAAUCCAGAGAUGUCGGACCUCCCCGAGAAACAGAAACACCAGCUCAGACACAGAGAGCUCUUCCUGUCCCGUCAACUGGAGUCUUUACCCGCAACACAUAUCAGGGGGAAGUGCUGUGUGACACUGCUGAACGAGACAGAAGCCCUGAAGUCGUACCUGGACAGAGAGGAUGCCUUCUUCUACUCGCUGGUGUAUGACCCUCAGCAAAAGACUCUGCUCGCUGAUAAGGGGGAGAUCCGUGUCGGGAACAAGUUCCAGGCCGACAUCACUGACCUCCUGAAAGAAGGUGAGGAAGACGGCAGAGAUUUGGAGAAACUAGAGGAGAAGGUCUGGGACCCCAACAGCUCACUGACGGAGAAACAGAUUGACCAAUUCUUAGUAGUAGCUCGGUCAGUAGGUACAUUCGCCCGAGCCUUGGACUGCAGUAGUUCUGUCCGACAGCCCAGCCUUCACAUGAGUGCUGCUGCAGCCUCCAGAGACAUCACCUUGUUUCACGCCAUGGACACCCUCCAUGCCACGGGCUAUGACAUGACUCGAGCCAUCGCAGCGCUGGUGCCUCAGGGUGGGCCCGUCCUCUGCAGGGAUGAAAUGGAGGAGUGGAGCGCCUCUGAGGCCAACCUGUUUGAGGAGGCACUAGAGAAAUACGGCAAAGACUUCACAGAUAUCCAACAGGAUUUUUUGCCCUGGAAGUCUCUGACAAGUAUUAUUGAGUAUUACUACAUGUGGAAGACCACAGACAGAUAUGUACAGCAGAAACGAUUAAAAGCAGCCGAGGCAGAAAGCAAGUUGAAGCAGGUCUACAUCCCUAACUAUAACAAGCCAAACCCCAACCAGCUGAGUAACAAUGUAAAACCAGCCCUGGUGAAUGGAGCGGCUGGUCCGGUGGGUUCGGUGGGUCCAGCGGGUCUGGCUGCUCAGGUGGGUCUGGCUGGUCAGAUGGGUCCGGCUGGUCAGGUGGGUCCGGUGGGUCCAGCAGGUCCAGCGGGUCCAGCGGGUCCAGUGGUCCCAGGUCUUCCAGGUUCAGUGCCGACCCCUGGCCUCGGCAGAGCCUGUGAAAGCUGCUACACCAGCAGCUCCUACCAGUGGUACUCGUGGGGACCUCCUAACAUGCAGUGCCGCCUGUGUGCUUCAUGUUGGACUUACUGGAAGAAGUACGGAGGGCUGAAGAUGCCCACAAGACUGGAUGGAGAGAGGCCUGGACCCAACCGCAACAACAUGAGCCCCCAUGGCCUGCCCCUGCGGCACAGCGGCAGCCCCAAGUUCGCUGUGAAGACGCGGCAGGCAUUCUACCUGCAGACUACCGGACUGACGCGGAUGGCACGCCGCCUCUGCCAGGACAUCAUCAGGCCGCGAUAUCUGGCCAGGCACCCCUACCUCCCCGUCAACACAGCAGCCAUCAAGGCCGAAUGCGCCCUGCGGUUGCCAGAUGGCCCCAAAAAGCCUUUGUCACUGAAACCUGUGGAACGUAAACCUCUGGAGUCUGUGGUUCGGUAUUUAGAAGCACAUCCCCGUCCAGCCAAACCCGACCCCCCGAUUCGUGGAGGUUCCAUCUCUACAGGCAGCCUGACGCCCAUAAAGUCCUCCCCCAUCCUCAACAAUGGCUCACCCACCAUCCUAGGCAAACGCACCUAUGAACAGCACAACGGACUGGAUGGCACUAAAUCCAAAGCCCUGACUCCACAGUGGGACAUCAUGGCCAAACGGGUGAGCGAGGCGGCGCGGCCCUCGGUCUCCCUGCAGGACGAGGUACAUGAACUGGACUGAACGCUCUGUGGGAACGACCUCUACUACAAACCCCGGUGAGCAGAGGGGGACAUGAAACGGAAAGGCAUUUUCCAAUAAACCAUAGCCGAGGGCAGCUGAGGGAAGUUGAAAGGAGAACGACAGCUUUGGCCACCUUUCUUCAGUCAGUACGGGUCUGUCACGCUUGCUGAAGACCAAUCGAUAAUCGAUCAGUUUUGGCUGUGGUCAAUCAGAAGAUGAGCCUGACUGUACAGGACUGUGUUUAUUACUUACAUUUCUCGUUAUAACUGUCAUUGUAAUUAUUGUUAUUGUUAUUAUAAUUUUUUUUACCAACUAUAACUCAGCUUAUUGUUUGUCGAUCAAACGAUGGAACUUGUGAAGUUUCAUGAAAAACGCUUGCAGAGCCCUGUGGAAGAAAGGGUGGAAGGACUGUAACAUAAGCCACUUGCAUCUUCUAUGUCUUUGUUUUUUUUUGUUGUUGUUGGGUUUUUUUUUAACAAGUUUAAAAUUCAACAAGGAGAUGCACUUUUAUUUCAGCAACAUGAGUUAACUCCUUGUCUUUUUUUUUUUUUUUUUUUUGUUUCACUGAAUUUGAAUGCUUUACUGGGAUAUCUUCUGUUUUGUGAGCCGGCCCUGCUCUUCGGCCAGAGAGGUUUAACUUAUUGAGAAAGACUUGCUGUUUUUUCUACCUUUUUCACAAGUAAUGCAUCUAUGCUUAGAUAAUGUAAUUAAAAAAGAUAAUUGAUUUUUUUCCCCCUUCCUUCUUUUGGUGUCCAUGCACGGAGGUGAAAGGUGUCAAAACUCGCGCUGAAUGUUGUUUUUUUUUUUUUCCCAAGUCCUUUUUUUCUUACUCACAGGUAUCUAAACAGGGUAAAUGCAAAAUAACUUUUCAUUCCAAAUUGCUUUAUACGUUUUGUGCCUAAAAAAAAAAAAAAAUAAUAUGUUCUUUAUUGGAAGAGAAUAAAUGCACAAACACAGCCAUGUUUUUGUAAGCAAACAUAAAAAAAAACAACUAAAAAAAGCAGGAAUGUGUUCUGCUUUCAUGUCCAGUCAUUUUUUGUCAACGUGUUUAUUUUAUGUUCAUUAUUAGCUUGUCUUCAUUGCAUACAACUCCUCAGUCGCAGGGCUGUUUUAAAACAUCAGUCGUAGUGUUUCUAUCGGUCAAUACAAGAAAAUAUACCAAUACCCAACACA